AUGUGUCUGUGCAUCUGUCUGUGUUUGUGUGUUGAAACGCAUCGUCAAGAGCAUGAUUACGCAAGCUUCAAGAAGCAGUACAAGCUUGGACCAGAAUUAGGACGCGGUGGUUUUGGGACUGUCUAUUCCGGGUUUCGUGUGAUUGACGGUUUGCCAGUGGCAGUGAAGUAUGUAUCAAAGAAUAACGUAACCGGAUGGAAAAAGAUUCCUAACACUGGUAAAGAGCUACCUGUGGAGAUAGUCCUUCUAAUGGAAUGUAGAAAUAUACCGGGCGUUAUCCAAAUGUACGAUUGGUUUGAACGAUCGGAUGGAUUCCUGAUUGUGAUGGAGCGACCAUCACCGUGCCAGGACUUGUUUGAUUAUAUAUCGGAACACGGGGCGCUGGAUGAAAAAAUUGCAAGGAAUUUCUUCAAACAGGUUGUGGAUACUGUGAAAGCUUGUGUGGAUGUAAAUGUUGUCCAUCGAGACAUUAAGGAUGAAAAUUUGGUUGUGGAUUUGAAAAUUGGACGCCUGAAGUUGGUUGACUUUGGUUCAGGUGCAUUUUAUAAAACGAAGGGUGAAAAGUUUACCGAUUUUGAAGGAACACGUGUGUAUAGUCCGCCAGAAUGGAUCUUGCGUUCUGAGUAUGAUAGCUGUAAGGCAACGGUGUGGUCGUUAGGGAUUUUGUUGUAUGAUAUGGUUUGUGGGGACAUUCCAUUCCAUCGCGAUGAAGACAUUGUUCGUCGAGGACCGUUAGUUUGGCGACGACAUAUUUCAAAAUGUUGCAAAAAUCUUAUUACGGAAUGUUUGAAAUAUGAUCCAGACGAACGUUGUGAUUUGGAAUAUAUACGGUAUCAUCCCUGGUUAUUGGAAGGCGACACAUCUCUUCCAUUGCCAAUAUCGGAGUUGAAUUCAGGUCGCUAUAAGUUAGGUAGUGUACCAGCUAAAUUAGUAACACACGCAGAAAAACAUCCAGCUUUGCGUUACGCCAUACCAAAUACUGGUGCGAGUGAAUCACAUUUGGGCGCUUUUGUUUACAUGUCUUCGCAGAACGGUCCUACAAUUAUUGGUACGAAAACGUCGUCGAUAUCUAUGGAAGGCCGUAACCAGCAUCAUUCUCCCGGAUUUCGGUCUUUUAUUGAUGGUUAUUCCGGAAAUCUAUCGAUUUCAUCAAGUUGUUCAAGUGUAAGUUCAGGAUAUUGUACCACCUCCUCACCACCAACAGGUUCACUUAUGUUGGGUAGUUAUUGAGCUUAUUGUCUUACUGAUA